CAGGGUGCGGGGCGUGCCGGUAAAGUCCCCGGAUGUGCUGGACCAUGUGCGGUCCUGUCUGUCUCACACGCUCCUGUCCUCCCUGCUGCGGUUAUAUCACCGAGUCCUGUCGCAGCUCCAGCAUCCACACACCUGAAAGAUGUUUCGUCUACCAACAGUCAUGAAGCAGGUGAGGCCUGUGUGCCGGGCGCUGGCCCCUCACCUCACACGAGGCUACGCCAAGGAGGUGAAGUUCGGAGCCGACGCUCGCGCCCUCAUGCUGCAGGGGGUCGACCUGCUGGCUGAUACUGUGGCCGUCACCAUGGGUCCAAAGGGUCGUAAUGUCAUCAUCGAGCAAAGCUGGGGCAGCCCCAAGGUCACCAAGGACGGCGUGACGGUGGCCAAGAGCAUCGACCUGAAGGACAAGUACAAGAACAUCGGUGCCAAGCUGGUGCAGGAUGUGGCCAACAACACCAACGAGGAGGCCGGUGACGGCACCACCACCGCCACAGUGCUGGCCCGCGCCAUCGCCAAGGAGGGCUUCGACACCAUCAGCAAAGGAGCCAACCCCGUGGAGAUCCGACGCGGAGUCAUGAUGGCCGUGGAAACCGUCAUCAACGAGCUGAAGGUGCUCUCCAGGCCGGUGACGACGCCAGAGGAGAUCGCACAGGUCGCUACAAUCUCAGCCAAUGGAGACGUGGAGAUCGGUACCAUCAUCUCCAACGCCAUGAAGAAAGUCGGCCGCAAGGGAGUCAUCACUGUCAAGGACGGGAAGACGCUGCACGAUGAGCUGGAGAUCAUCGAGGGGAUGAAGUUUGACCGCGGCUACAUUUCCCCGUAUUUCAUCAACUCUCCCAAAGGUCAGAAGUGCGAGUUCCAGGACGCCUACCUGCUGCUGAGCGAGAAGAAGAUCUCCACCGUCCAGAGCAUCGUUCCAGCUCUGGAGCUCGCCAACCAGCACCGCAAGCCACUGGUUAUUGUGGCGGAGGAUGUGGAUGGAGAGGCUCUCAGCACCUUGGUCCUCAACAGGCUGAAGGUCGGGCUUCAGGUGGUCGCUGUCAAAGCCCCGGGCUUCGGAGACAACAGGAAGAACCAGCUGAAGGAUAUGGCCGUGGCCACCGGGGGCACUGUGUUCGGGGAUGAGGCUCUGGGUCUGGCCCUCGAAGACAUCCAGGCUCACGACUUCGGUAAAGUCGGUGAGGUGCAGAUCACCAAAGACGACACGUUGCUGCUGAAGGGAGGCGGCAGCCCCGCGGAGGUUGAUAAACGUGCAGCGGAGAUCCUCGAGCAGCUGGAAAGCACCGACAGCGACUACGAGAAGGAGAAACUCAACGAGAGGCUCGCCAAGCUGUCCGACGGAGUCGCUGUGCUCAAGAUCGGAGGAACGAGUGAUGUGGAGGUGAACGAGAAGAAGGACCGCGUGACCGACGCUCUGAACGCCACCCGGGCCGCUGUGGAGGAGGGGAUCGUACCCGGUGGAGGCUGCGCUCUGCUUCGCUGCAUCCCUUGUCUCGAUAGCAUCCAAACUGCCAACUCUGACCAGAAGAUCGGUGUGGACAUCAUCAGGCGGGCGCUGCGUAUCCCCGCCAUGACCAUCGCUAAGAACGCCGGCGUGGAGGGUUCUCUGGUGGUGGAGAAGAUCCUCCAGUCAUCAGAUGAGAUCGGCUACGACGCCAUGUUGGGAGAGUACGUCAACAUGGUGGAGAAGGGCAUCAUCGACCCCACCAAGGUGGUGAGGACGGCGCUGCUGGACGCUGCAGGCGUGGCUUCUCUGCUCGCCACCGCCGAGGCCGUCGUCACGGAGCUACCCAAAGAGGAGAAGGAGAUGCCCGGUGGUAUGGGAGGCAUGGGUGGAAUGGGCGGCAUGGGAGGAGGCAUGGGUUUCUAAUCCGACUCCCCCGCCUGAUGCUGUACAGACUCGACGGGCAGAGCGGAGCUGGAGGUGGCUGAGGAACAGAAAAACAAAAUCCUCCCGAGAACCUGCAGCCACCUCCACCGAGCUCUGCCCACACUGACUGGCCAUGAGUAUGUCGGAGUGCGACCCCCCCCUCCCCCCGUAUUCAACUCUGCCUCCUGCCUCUCAGUCCGGUUUCUGGAGGAUCCGACUAAGUCAGGAGGAGGAGACGCCAUCGAGUUAAAACCACCUGAACCGUCUCAACGGCUCCGACCAACGAACCGUCAAACGAACUCAUCGUUCAUCAUGUCACAUGUUCACACUGCUGUUCUCUGAGAAGUCCAACGUCCCAAGAAGAAGCUAACAGUCAACGUAUCUGAUGCAAACCGAGCAGGGCCGGAAUGAGAAGAAGCUUAGCUAGGAAUGUCUCUGUCAGUAAUUCUUUUGUCUUUGUAGCAUUUCUGUUAAUUCUUUCUUAUUUUAUAUAAAUAUCUUGUGUAAUGUUUUUGUUUGUCCUCAGAUAAUAAUGAUGUGGGUUCAAAUCUGUCUUUUGAUUUAAUUAAACCAGUUUUCUUACAGCG